CACCUACGGACAGUACGUCCCGGGAAAAGAAAUUUGUCAAUCGGAAAGAAAAUUUUUACUUUUUCGGAACCAUUUAUCGUGCAUAUUGACGGGGUCAGUUCUACCUAUUGUCAGGUUUGCUUACUGUGUCAUAUGAAACGUUGAGAUCUUUUUGGGGGAUGGAGUUUUUUAUGUUUUCUUUUUUAUAAUGUAAUAUUAUGUAAACUGAAAUAUGAACAGUUUUAUUUAAUAUAUAUGAUAUAUCAAAUUACUGAAAAUCACUGCAUAUCAAUGUUUUUUGCGGAGAGUUAUACAUAGCACACAGUCAGAAAAACCUACUUUUGGUUUAGUGUGACAUAGAUCUAGAACGAAUGCACACCACACUUAUCCAGCAUAACAAGAAAAAUUUGAUGAUAGUCAUCACUAAAUGGUAUACUGUAAGCUAUGUCAGGAAGCAGUGGACAGAAACACGUAUUGGUUGGGACCCUCAAAGUCCGUGUCAUCCAAGGCAGUAUUGCUGAUCAACAGGUAGAUAUCAUCAUUCGACCUCAUCAUCUCCAUGUAGAGAUCCACCAUCACCACAAUCAUCAUCGUCGUCGUCAUCAUUAUCAUCAUCAUCGUCGUCGUCGUCGUCAUCAUCAUCAUUAUCAGUUCGUUUUAAUGUUGAUGUCAUUGUGAACAGCAGCAAUUGCAGUCUUAAUCUCAGUCAAGGUCGUGCGUCUAAAGCCAUGCUUGAUGCUGCUGGUGACGGGAUUCAGACGGAGUGUAGGACAAACUACCCCAACGGUAUACAGGACGGGGAGAUCGCCAUCACUUCCGGCGGACAGUUGUCAUGUGAUGCGAUAUACCACGGGGCCUUAUCAAAGUACACAUGUGAUGAGGAUGAAGAGGUCCUUAAAAACCUGAUCAAUGCUUCGCUGGACCAGGCAGAAACUGAUGAGUAUCAGACCAUUGCGUUUCCCGCUCUUGGGACUGGCAUGUUGGGGUAUCCGACAGAUAGAGUCGUAGAAAUCUUCUUUUCUUGCUUAGAGCACGCCUCAACUCGAGCCCAGUCACUAGAAGACGUUUUCCUCGUCAUCUUCCCAAAAGACCGUGAUACAUUCAAAAAAUUUUUGACUGCGGCUAAGGCAAAGACGGCUAAUUCAAAAAAAAGAAAGUAUGGUGGCACAAGAAUUGGGAAUGUUAAUGUGAAAGUGGUAGUUGGCGAGAUGAACAAAGUAAAGGCAGACGUCAUAGUAUGUAGUGGACCGACUGACUUGCAACUGAGCAAUCAAGGACUGUCACAAUCCCUCUCAGACAUAGCAGGGCCAGAAAUGCAAGAUGAACUAAACCAAAAAUACCCAGAUGGUAUUGAAUAUGGAGAGUUUGCUAUCAGCAAGGGUUAUAAUCUUCCAUGCCGAUAUGUGUAUCAUGGGGCUCUACCAAAAUGGUCAACAACGGAUCCCGAUCCCUCUUUCACAAUGGAAGAGCUAAUAGACAACUGUUUGGAAACAGCGGACCGUCACAAUACAAAAGCAAUAGCUUUUCCUACGCUUGGGGUUGGUUCUUUGUUAUAUCCUGUCGAGGAAUCUGCCCAGCUAAUGGGGGAAUGCAUUAGAUACUUUUGCACAAAUCAUUCUGGAGUCAACAUCAAAACAAUAAUUAUAGUGGUGUACAGAGGCAGUUCGAACUAUGCAGAUGUCUUUGAGGAGUUUAAAAAAGAAUUGUCAGGAGGACCAUUGGCUGCCUCUGGAUCCCAUAAACUUCAGGCUUUACCGGUGACUGUCGUAUCUCGACAAUCCCAUUCUGAGCAGAUUGGUAACUUAACAGUGUCCUUGCAAGUUGGGAACAUAAUUAAACACCAGGUAGACGUAAUCGUCAACAGUGUGGGGUCCGAUUUCUCCAUGUCGUCAGGGACGGCGGCGGCCAUUCAAGCAGCCGCUGGACCCGGACUGUUGAGAGAACUGGAACAAAACUACCCCAGGGGAAUCAAAGAAGGCCAAAUCGCUGUGGCAAAAGGCUUUAACCUGAGAUGUAAGGAAGUGUUUAAUGGAACUCUCUCGCCAUGGUAUUCAAAACGUUCUUCAAAUGUCAAACUUCCGGAAGAGAUUUUGGAAGAAUUUGUGAAUGCUUGUUUGGAACAAGCGAACAAAAGAAAUCACAAUUCCAUCGCUUUCCCGGCACUCGGAACCGGUUAUCACAAGUUCCCUGCAGAUGUAGCCGCAGGAAGCAUUGUAGCAGCCAUUAACAGAUUCUCAGGCCAACAGAAACAACAGAAUAUUAAAGACAUACGCGUUGUAUUGUACGGAGGAAGCAAUGAUUUAUCAACAUUGGAAAAGGAAUUUAAGGACACAAUAAGUCAAAGCUCCUCGGGACGAAAUGCUAUUAACAGCCCGGUACCUGUUUCACCCGCUGUUAGAUCAGUACCACCUAGAGGUACUCCCUCUUAUCUUCAGUAUAAGUGCACUGAGUCUCAAAGGACACCCUCUUACUGGACCAAAAUCACCCCGAAAAAAUCUCUAAAGGAUUGGAAUCUGCAAGAAAGGUCGGGGAAAUAUUAUUUUCUUACUCCUGACCAGCAAACUUACAACUGUAUUGAAAAUGCUUUCCAAAGUACAAUAGGACAUACAAACGCGCAGGUUGUUAGUAUUCAAAGAAUAGAAAAUGCUUCUUUGUUCAUGAAAUAUGGAGAUGAGUGUCAGAGAUUAUUUCGGAAAGUUACUGUCGAGGGUACUUUCACACCACCAGAUAGAAUUCCACAGUCUUACGGGCCAGUAAAAGUGAUGUCGUUUUUGAAUCAGCAAUUCAAAGAUCACACCCAUUCCGAGAUCAAUGAGUACUACUUUUUUCACGCAACAAAACCUGAUCUUGUGGAUGUCAUUUGUGGGCAAGGGCUUGAUAGCAGAUUAGCAAAUGAAAGAGGGAGAUUAGGGACAGGGGUGUACGGAGCCGAGGAAGCAAACAAGUCGCACCAAUAUGCAGGUUGUGACCAGCAAAACCGUUAUCCGAUGUUUCUGGUGCGAAUGGGACUAGGAGACAUUUUUCUGACUCAGAGAGAAGUCCGAUUCAAACGUCCUCCGUGCAAAGUCUGCACCACAAACGUGUGCUUGAACCACCAAGAACUUCACGAUAGCGUAAUGGCCAAUGGUGGAGCUUUUUCCCACCGAGAGUUUGUUGUAUACGACAGAAACCAGAGCUACCCGGAGUACCUGAUUUGGUACACUGUGUAGGUUAAAUCAAGACUCCUUGUGAUAGAUAAUGAUAGAGGUUACGUAACAAAUUUACUCAUUGAAGUGUUGACUGUGUAAAUAAGUCUUUGAUAUUAUUUUAUUUACACAUAAAUUGACCAUUAGUAAAAUGCACAUUGAUUGUUGUUGACGAGGUUGAAGUUGAUUUUAAUUAUUGAAUGUGUGUGUUUGUGUGUUUAAAGAUUACUAGUAUAUUAUAAAGGAUUAUAUACCUGAUAUCAUGUAGCAUACAUCAUUAAUUUUUUCCCUUAUCGAUCACAUGUAGUGUUUUACAGAUUAUUACGUAAAGGUUUUCUGGAUAUUUUUGUUCAUUUCAUUAUCAGAAGGUACAUCUCCUUUUUCUACUGUCAGUUUUACUUAUAAAAAUUCAUUUGAAUUAAUUAUAGAUGUAUUAAAAUUUUAAAAUACUAUAUUGUGCUAACUGCAACUUUCCUAAUACAAUAUAUUUACAUUUUUUCAGUGUUUUGUGAUAACAUUACGAAUUGAAUUUGUAUUGUAGAGUUCAAUAAAUUUUUAUGGCGUAAGCGGCGUUUUUAUAAUUAAGAAAAAUGAAAAUCACAUAGAUAUAUCGGUAAUUUUAAUAUUUAAUCGUACAAUUGCUGAAAAUCAUGUAAAAAUAAUGAAUAAGGAAUCAUUCUUUAAAUAUUAUGAGGUGAUCAAAUACGGCCGGGCGUGAUUAAAUCUAUCACAGCUCAUUUUAGGCUUAUUGAAUUUCACCACGCCCCGACCAAAAUUAUCACCUCAUAAUAGUCAAAGAAGGAUUCUAUAUUCCUUACAUUCAACUAAAAAAUUUAUUAGUAUUGUUUUGGUACUAGUAACGCAAUCGACACACUGGAUGGAGCGUGUGAAUCCAUCUUCUUUCAAAAAUCUCACUCUCAACUUAAUUACAGUCUAUAAUUUGUGUAUUUUUAAUUUAGGUUAAUCAAUUUUAUAACAGUUUGAAUGAUUUGAGUUUAUAAAAUCAAUAAAAUGCUUUUCAAAGGUUCAUAUGCUAAUAUAUAAAGGUAUGGAACACUGCAGAAAAAUAUGCUACUGUAACUGUGUUAAUUAGAGGCCGUUUGUGUAAUUCCUAUUGCAAUGACUUCUAUUUUUUCAUACAGUCAGUUUGAAUACGCAAACUUUCUUUCAUUACUUUAUUAGGAGGAAUGACAGAGUCUUUCAUGCACUGGUCUUGUCAACAAUUUCAAUAGGAAGAAUCAAUUUAGUUUUUCACACAUACUUAAUAACAUUACUUAUAUUUCGAGGAAAGUACAGGA